GUAAUAAGUGUUACCGCUACUUUCACUUGAGUGUGCGAUGUGUUCCGAACGAUUUGUUUUUUCUGUGAUUUGAGAAACAAUGAGAGGGGUUGCAAGAAAACGUAGUUUUGAUAGAACAGUGGUUAAAAAAUGCCCAAAAUGUGAAAAACAGAUUCCUGUUGCUUGUAAGUUUUGUACCUGUGGUCAUCAGUUCUGGUCAAAGAAGUUUCCAACUAUAAUAUCAGGAUCACCAGACAGUGAAUCACCUACAGGUCGAGUAAGGCGGACGGAGCGAACCAGAAGAGACAGUCAGAGACCGGACUAUUUUAACUCCGUGGUCAUAGACACUCAGUCCAAAAGGGGAAGAAGAAAGUCCCAGUCGCUAGUUGCUCACCAUGUACAAGGGGAGAACACUCCUACCCCAGCUACCUCAGACAGCAGUCCGGUGAAGCGGCGGCGAGGGAGACCCAGGGGAACACCCAAUAAACCCUUGCUACCAGACAGGAACAUCUCAAAAACACCUCCACCACCCUCUCCCCCACCAGUGGAGGAAGACAUGCAUGCAGACCUGCCCCCGGAAAGGAUAAAACAGUUCCAGUACAUACUUAUGGACCUAAAUGCUAAAUAUUGUACACAGAACUUCAACCCAAGCUGAUGCUUGAUUAUCUGUAGGGCAUAUUUCAGAAAAGGUCUAGGAAAACUGUACAGAUUGUUAGAUUUUGUGAUUGAAAGGCGUGUUCUGUUCUCUCAUAGUCAAUAAGUGUUACAUUGGCAAGAAACAUUAACAACAGAAUGAUGAUGAUAUCUGUAUAUGUCUUUUUAUACACUUAAAACAGUAACAACUGCAAGUAAGAUUUUUUAAAAUGUUGAACUUCAAAUGUAGAGAAUAUAGCAGUUUUUACACACACCAUACUCAACUUUUUUAAAUGAUGAAAUGGCUGUUCAAAUACAUUUAUAUACCGGGUAAUAUGGUAAAAGUAUAAGCUAGAAAUUGUUUCAUAAUGUUUAUCAUAAACAUAAAGAGUAACAGGUAUAAAAGGAGCAGUUUUAUGAUAAAAGAUCUGAUUUAUACAUGUUUAUACAGAAUGUGUUUUAUUUCACAUGAUGCAAUUUUUACAGCAAGAAAGAAGGCCAUAAUUAUACAUUUAAACCUAGUUUUUUCAAACUCUAUGGAACCGAGAAAUAUUUUCAAGAUAUCUGAGGAUUCAAGAAAUGGUAUUACCGAAAUAUUUGUAUGAUAUAGUACAUGUACCUACAACUAGAAAUUUUUUUAUGUGCCCGGAUCGAUAGAUUUGAGGCGUAUAUUGGGUUUUAUCCUGUCUGUUUGUUUAUCUGUGUGUCUGUCUGUUGUCAACUUUAACCUUCACCAUAACUUUUGAACCUUGAGAUGUAGAGACUUGAUAUUUGGUAUGUGUAUUUCACAAAAAAAGUUCUUUCAAAAGACACCAAGGUCAAUGACCUUGUGACCUUGACUGUGACCUACAAGCUAAAAAUAGCUUUUUCGAACUUUUUCCAUAACUUUCGAACCAUAAGAGAUAGAGACUUCAUAUUUGGUAUGCAUGCUUCACUAAUUCAAUUCAUACAAAUGACACCAAGGUCAAUGACCUUGUGACCUUGACUGUGACCUUUAUGCUAAAAAUAGUUUUUUCU